GUACAGUGUCAGUAAAUGCUUUGUUGUUAUUCUGUGGUAUAAAAGAAUGAGGAAGUUCCAGAAAAGGGAACGCACAGUCAAACAGGUACAGCCUCCCAAAGACUCCACCUGAGGAUCUAAAGCAAGCAGCACCUGUCUGUUUUCUACUACGAGCCUUAUUAACAACCUGUGAAUCCCGCCACAGAGACGGAUCUGAUGAUCAGUUCGAUUCAGAGUUACAGAUUUAGGUUCAGGGUUUGCUCUCCUGAGUAUCGAUGGAUUCAGCUUUGCUCCUGAAUCAGGCUGUCGGUCUAGAUGUCGUGGACCUUCUAUCUGUGACGCCAGCUCAAAGCUGCUCUGAGAACAACCUGAAGUUUAUCUGUGAGUUUCAGCCAGGAACUGGUCCACCACAGGCGCCUGGCGAUGAAGAUUACAACAUCAAUAUGGACUGCGAGUCAGUGUCAGUCAUCCUCCCUGCGCAGUGCAGUGUCUACCAGCUGCGGCUACGCAUCUGUAUGCAGGCACAGGAACAGAAUUGCCAUCCAGACCUAGUGGCAGUGUUGGACCCAGAGAAAUACACCCUGCUAUAUGCCAGAGGGGACGACUGGUACGAGGCCUACGAUGACUGUCAGGUUAUCAGGACGUUAGAUAUCCCAUGGUCAUGUGACGAGACUGGCCGUCUGUUGGCACACAUAGUGGUGAAACCGCUGCUGGCGGUGGAUUCAGAGGAGAAGAAGAAACAACAGCAGUGUCUGGCUUUCCUGAUUGGACACGACCUGGAGAAAGAAGCGUCUGACAGACUCGGUGAGCUCACAUUCACCCGCAGGAAACUGGCAUCUCCGAGAAGACAAGAGCUAAGGAGUCGGGAUGCCGAGUUGUAUGCCACAGAGCCUUGGGUAACACGUGCCCCCAUCCCAGAGGAGCUUCAGGUCCAGCUGAAGAGAAAGCUCCCUGUCACCCUCCAUUACAUGAACAAGAUCAGCUUCAGCAUACAGGUAGACUUCAGUACAACACCAGAUGUUCUUCAUCAAGUGUUCAGAAGGGUGGCGGCAGACCAGGGGCUUGCUUCUGACUCUUCUGAUAGUCUGGUGUUGAAAGUCUCUGGCAGGGAGGAGUUUUUAUCUGGAGACUACCCCCUGAGUGAUUUCCUCUGGGUUCGACACUGCCUGAAAACCAACCAAGACCUCCACCUCUCUGUGGUCCCUCUGGCGCAGCUCGUCGAUGAGACUGUCAAGUUUGUGGACUGGCCGCUUGUUGAUGCUUCAAGUGGCCAGUUCAGCUCCCAUGAUGAUCUCCGCCUCGAAGGGAAGGAUUUGGAUGACAUCUUCAUGAUAUCAUUGUGGGACUGCAACAGAAGACUCCGUGUCAAAUUGCUUGGCUUUGACAUCCCAAAACUUCCAAGCAAAUGCCCUCAGUCGGUUUAUGUAAAAGCCUCCAUACUUUAUGGUAACAAGGUUCUCUCGUCAGUGUCCUCCCUUCCUAAGGCCUUCACAGAUGAAGUGCUGUUGAACGAGUGGCUGGAAUUUGAUGUUCUCCUCAGGGAUCUGCCACGUGGAGCCAAGCUGGGUUUCACUAUUAACGCUGGCGACAUCCCCCCAGUAGCCAAAGACCCGAAGACGCCAUCGCCAUCAGUCAAUAAAGCACCAGAUCUGCAGAAAGGGAAGGGGAAGGUGCUCUACUUUGUCAAUCUUCUCCUCAUUGAUCACAGGUCUGUCCUCAGCCAGGGACCCUACACUAUGCACAUGUGGUCGUACCCUGACCUGGAGGAAGAGGUCAACACCUACCAGGCAGACAAACUGUCCUGUGCUACUAACCCAGACAUAGCUGACUCCAUGGCUAUCAGCUUCCUCCUCGACCGCUACAGCUUCCCUGUGGUUCUGCCAAACAGCAUCAGCCCCUCUGAAUGCUCCGGCAAUCCCGCCUCCAGCCUCACCCUGACCAAGUCUACUGCACUCUCCUCCUCCUCCUCCUCCUCCUCACCCCCGUCCACCUUACCCAGACCACAGUCUCCCUCUCUGCAGGGGAAAUCUCUCCAGGACUCACUGAGUGACACUGUGACUCUCAGAACCCCAUCUGCAGUCACCAGCACCAAGGGGCCUUGCCUCAAAAGGUUCCGGGAGGAGAGCAUCCGCUACGCCUCAAAUCUACCCCAUUACCUGCGCAAUGUUGACUGGAUGAACCGCAGAGUGGUUGAGGAUGUCCACUGGCUGCUGGGGAACUGGGAUGCUGGAGAACUGGAUGUAACCGUGGCCCUGGAGCUGUUAAGCAUGGACUUUGCUGAUGUGACGGUCAGGAGACUAGCAGUCCAGAGACUGGAGAGCCUGUCCAACGAUGAUGUACUGAAGUAUUUGCUGCAGCUGGUGCAGACCCUCAAAGUCGAGCCUUACCACGACAGUUUCCUCGCUCGGUUCCUCAUCCAAAGAGCUCUGCGGAGCAAGAGAAUCGGCCACUUCUUCUUCUGGUACGUCCGCAGCGAGGUGGCCGGGUGUCUGUACUUCCGCCAGCGCAUGGCUGUGAUUCUGGAGGCCUACCUGCUGGGCUGUGGUCAAGCCCAGCUCCACAGCUUCAGGCAGCAGGUCCAGGCUGUGGAGGCCCUACAGGAGGCUGCUAUAGCGAUUAAAGAACUGUACCCCGACAAAACCGACCUUACUCCUACAACUCCCCUCAAGCUUCAAGAGCUUCUUAGAAACUGUAAUCUGCCAGAUGAGUUCCUGCUGCCCUUUGACCCCCGAAUCAAAGCUGGACGGAUUUUGCUGGACAAAUGUAAGGUGAUGGCGUCUAAGAAGAAGCCACUGUGGCUGGAGUUCUCUGCCAUGCCGUCGCCCACCUCUGUUACACCUGUCGGGAUCAUCUUCAAACAGGGAGACGACCUCAGACAGGACAUGCUGAUCAUUCAGGCGCUGGUGGUGAUGGACUCUAUCUGGCAGGAGAAAUCUCUGGACCUAAACCUCAUUCCGUAUGGCUGCAUCUCCACAGGACACAACAUAGGUAUGAUAGAGAUCGUGAGGAAUGCAGUGACCAUCGCUUCAGUCCAGAGGAGCCACGGAGGAACGACGGGCGCCUUCAGAAACGAUGCUCUGUUUGAAUGGCUCAAGUCUAAAUGUCCACUCCAGGAAAUACACUACCAGACUACGGAGACAUUUGUGAAGUCCUGCGCUGGUUACUGUGUGGCCACGUACGUACUGGGUAUAGGAGAUCGACACAAUGACAACAUCAUGAUCACAGACCAAGGGAACCUGUUUCACAUCGACUUCGGUCACAUCCUGGGUAACAGGAAGCACUUCCUUGGCGUGAGCAGGGAGCGUGUACCAUUCGUCUUCACGCCUGACUUCCUGUAUGUCAUGGGCAGGGACAAAGGGCGCAACAGCCUCUACUUUCAGCGGUUCAAGGAGACUUGCACCAAAGCGUACCUCUCCCUGCGCUCGCACUCUCGCCUGCUGAUCACUCUCUUUUCCCUCAUGCUGCUGACGGGCAUCCCAGAGCUGAGCGCUGCAGAGGACAUGCGCUACCUGCGGGAGGCGCUCCAGGAGGAACAGGGUGAGGCGGAGGCCAAGGAGCAUUUCCUCCACCAGAUCUCAGUGUGUGAGCAGAAGGGCUGGACCGUGCAGGCCAACUGGUGGAUCCACAUGAUGGCAGGCAUCAAGUAGACUGCUGGUCGAUCACGCUGCCUCACGCUGAAGGUGGGGAAAUGUUCAUGUCUAUAUGGAACGUUGUUCUUUUAGUUUUCAUUGUUUGUUUUUAUGUAUUAUUAUGUUAUUUAUGUAAUAUCUAUCCUCUGUCUUCCUCACCACGGCUGUUUUUAUAGGCUUUUAGCACAAAAGACGCUCCUCCACCUUUCCCUUACUGUUGACAGUACUCUGACAGGUAGCGUUAGCUCUGUGCUGUCUGCGGCUGCGAGGGCAGGUUGUACAUUUGAACUUGUUAAAACACAAUAAAGAUCUUGAUUAAAAAAAAAAGAAAGACUGGCCCACCGGAAAAAUUCCCGAGCUUCCCGACGGCCCUGACUUCACAACAAGUCAGGAUCAAGUCAGCAAGAAAUCUCA